AUGACUCAAGGCAUCUCCCCACAAUACAUCGAGCAAAUUGUUUCCAAUUUGUUGGUUGGAAAUAACGAGAUUAUAUCGAAGGCUACUGAAGCAAUUAUACCUCUCUUGCAAAACCCUGAAAUCGUUUCUCCUUUGAUGACAAUUUUCCUUAAUCAUCAGCGCAUCGAUGUUAGACAAAUGGCUGGUGUGUUGCUCAGAAAGAAGAUAUGCCGAUUAUGGUCACGAGUCAAUCCUGAUGUUCAGCAACAAAUUGAAAACGUUUUGAUUCAAAUUGUCAACACAGAGACAAAUAGAGUGAUUGUAUUAACAGCAUGCCAGAUUAUUGGUGCGAUAGCAAAUGUCACUGUGCAAAAAGGAACAUGGCAAAAUCUCCUUCAAGUUGUAUUGCAAUGGGCACAGAGCACUUCCGAAUUACAAAAGGAAGUGGCUUACUGUUUAAUUACUGACAUCGCUUCCCUCUAUUUGGACAACAACUUAAAUUCACAGGUGAUGAAUGGGUUUUUCCAAUUGGUUGGCUCUGCUCUUUCGACAAACACUUCACUCAAAAUCCGUAUAUACGCAAUUAAAAUAUUGGACAUCUUACAUAACUAUAUUCAAUCACCAAGCGAACUUGCACCUUACGAACAACUGAUGCCAAUGAUUCUCAACACAAUUAAAGAAGCGGUACAAAAAGAUCAAGAACAAGAAUUUUCAGAUAUCAUGGCGAUUAUGGACGAUCUGGUGAAAGGAUUUUCAGACAUUCCAGAGUUUGACGCAGCCACUCAACGCAUAACAACCCCUGUCGCAAAUUUGGCUUUAGAAAUCACCAAGACAAAAACAGUGUCAUCAUCAAUUCGACAAUGCGCGUUGUUCUUCUUAAACUUCUUUGUUACAACACAACUUGCUUACUGCAUUUCUAGUGGAUUCAUCCCAACAUUCCUUCAACUUAUUUUACAAAUUCUUUCUGAGUACAAUCCUAUGGAUCCAAAUGAUGAAGAGUCUCCACAUAGAGUCUUUGCUUCGGAAGUCUUAGAAGUUCUUGCAGAGUUGAUCCCUUCACAAGACUUCUUCCCACUCUUUUGGCAGACACUGUUGCCAAUGUUACAAGUGAAUGAUACGGGAGUUGCUUGUUCGGUAUUGUUAGCAUUGGGUGCUGUGUCUUCUUCAUGUUACUCUUCGUUGGAUAGCUGUGAAGAGGUGUUAAUGCCUUAUUUAAUCGCUCAAUUACAAAACCCCGAUAGUACUGUGAGGUCUGCAGACUUAGUAUGUCUGGGUAAACUUGGAACGUUUUAUGUCAAUUUCUUGUUGGACAAUCCCGACAAAUUUAUCCCCCCUUUGUUAAGGUCCACAGUAGACCCCUCCAAUGAGAUUAAAGCCUCUGCGUUUUUUGACAUUCAUUUAAUACUCGAAAAGGCAGAUGUUGAACUCCUGAAACCACUUUCUGCUGAUAUUCUGACAUGUUGUUUAACUUGUGCGACAACUACAACGGAAUUUGAAGUCAGAGAUGUAGCAGUCUCUGCGUUGUCUUCAAUAGUUUACAUCUUCAGUGAAUUAGUUGUCCCCAAUUCAGCGACAUUACUUCAAAUUGCACAAACAAUGAUUGCAACAAAUGUGACGAAUGAAAUUGAUAUUCUCCAGAAGGGAAGAGGUAUCGAGUUGUUAUCAUGCCUCGCAAAGUCGAUUGGGAAAGACGCAUUCAAGCCUUAUUUGAAUGGCACACUUACUAUCAUUAAACAGAUGUUAGGCAUUGAGCAUGCAUUUGAGUUUGAAAUUCGACAGUAUGCGUACAUGGCUUUAGUUGACUUGUUUGGAGUAUAUGGCUCUGAGUUAUCGCCACUCAUCCCAAGUCUAAUGGAGAGGGUGAUCAAUUCUAUUAAUUGUGAAGAUGAUGUUGUUGAAGAGAAGAACAACUUAGAAAUCUCAUCUGAAGACGAAGAUGGUGUAAUGGAAAAUGACGAAGAUGAUGAUGACCAUGUCUCUCUAUAUGGCGGCGUGUUGAUUGAGAAGAUUGCAUCAUUCACAUUAGUCGCAAAAAUGUUUGAAUGUGUACCAUUGGAGACUGAGCCAUACGCACAACAAAUCUUCGAUUUGUUGAAAGGACAUUGUUCCGAUGAAAGAGAGGAAGUGGCUGAAGCUGCCGUAGAAGCGUUAUGGUCGGUGUUGUACGUCCCCCUUGCCAAAGAAAGAUUAUACAUUCCACUUGGUGUCAAUAAUACUACGGAGAAUGUGGUUCGUUUGAUUAACGAGAAAAGCCCUGCUAAGGUCCAUUUGAACUUAGCCCAGUACCCACAAAGUGUUGUAUCUGUCUUCAAUGAAAUUAUUAAGACGUAUUUGUCUGUGUGUGACAUGUCGAUAGAGAGGGAUGUGGUUGUCAUGGCACUCACCAAAAUUAUAGACAUGUUCACUUUAUUGGGUCGUGCUGCUGUUAUGUCGUGUGCAGACCCACUCUCUAAAUUGAUAUCAUCUAUCCUUACACAAGGUAUUCAAUGUCAACAAUUAAAUACUGGGAUGGAUGCGAGUGAAAUACACGAGACUGAAGUCGAUUUGAUCACCACAGCAAGUGAUGUAAUCAUGGUCUUGUUUAAAAUGUUUGGCGCUUCGAUGGUGAAUUACUUUAUUCAGUUGUUCCCAAUUCUACUUGGAAUUAUUAAGAAGAGAAACAGUUCAGUCACAAAAGCUGCUUGUGUUGGUAUUAUAGCAGACUUCUAUAAUUAUGUAAAGGUGUGCCCAGACACGUUGGUCGAACCAAGUUUCUCUCUAUUCUUAGAGUGUUUCACCAAAAAAGGAAGUGACAUCUCCCGUAACGCAGUCUACGGUUUUGGUAUGUUGGUGAAAGUAGUCCCACCCUCUAUGAGACAAAUCGCCAUUAAUGCUUCUCAACAGGCUCUUCAAAUCAUAGCGUCUCUUCUCCCAACUUGCAAAAACAAAGCGUUCAUUGACAAUUACGUCUCAUGCGUCUGCAAUAUAUUGAAUAUGGAAGGGUCACCGUUUUUGCCACAAGCUAUCCUUCCACAACUCCUUGCUUUUUUGCCAGUAGUUGGUGAUCACGAAGAAGAGAUGAAUAUCUACUCGACAUUUGCAAAAUUCUACGGAAGUGUUCCAGAGCUUAAUGCACAAAAGGGUAUGUUGGUUGAUGUAUUCAGAAGAGCAAUAACAGUGAACGGUAUAUACCCGGCCACUGUGUCUUUCUUGCAACAGCUCACUAUGUAA